AUGCCCCCGGCCCCGGCUCUCAUGGGCCAUGCCUCCAUGCCGGGGGUCUCGCCGUCCCAUCCGCAUCGCCUGCAGCAGGAUGUGAACGUCAAUAUCGUCGGUGUUAGCGAGUCGUCGCGCGGGGGGGCAGCAGCAGUGGCAGCUCCUCCUACGGCAAAGGAACCGGCUGUCUGCCCGACCGACGAUGAGGCCAAGAUCCCGCGCGCAAAGUCCGCGAAGGACAAGCGCAGCUUUGAUUACGUGUGGAAGUCGGGUGUUGCGGGGGGCAUGGCUGGCUGCGCGGCCAAAACAGUCGUUGCGCCACUCGAUCGAGUCAAGAUCCUUUUUCAGUCCCAUAAUCCGCAUUUUGUGAAAUACACAGGUUCCUGGUUCGGGGUAGGCCAGGCUAUCAAGGACAUCUACCAGCAAGACGGGCCGCUGGGGCUGUUCAGGGGGCACUCGGCAACCCUCUUGAGAAUCUUCCCCUAUGCGGCAAUUAAGUUCCUGGCUUACGAGCAGAUCCGAGCCAUCGUCAUCCCCCGGCGUGACAAGGAGACGCCCUUUCGACGCCUCAUCAGCGGCUCCCUCGCUGGUGUCACUUCGGUUUUUUUCACCUACCCCCUAGAGGUUAUCCGCGUUCGCCUGGCGUUCGAGACCAAAAAAGACAGUCGGUCGACGUUCCGGUCGAUAUGUAGGCAAAUUUACCACGAGCGACACAGCCCGAAACCCACACCCGCUGCUACUGCGGCAGCAGAUCUCGCGGCGGGCGUUUCGGCUUCCUCUAGUCAUGCAGCAGCUGUUGCGGUUGCGCCCCGUGCCCCCAGUUUCGGCCUAGCCAACUUCUAUCGCGGCUUUUCCCCGACCCUCUUGGGCAUGCUUCCCUACGCUGGCAUGUCGUUCCUCACGCACGACACCGUUGGUGACUUGAUGCGCCAUCCGCUGAUAGCCAAGUACACGACGCUGCCGCGGCCCGAGAACCAUCCUCCAGGCAAGCCUGCACCCCUGCGGUCGUGGGCCGAGCUUUUUACUGGAGGUAUUGCCGGACUGGUCUCGCAGACAGCGUCGUACCCGCUUGAGGUCAUCCGGCGACGGAUGCAGGUUGGUGGUGCGGUUGGGGAUGGGCACCGGAUGAGGAUCGGAGAGACAGCGAAGAUGAUCAUGCGGGAGCGGGGCAUCCGUGGGUUUUUUGUUGGGUUGACCAUCGGCUAUGUCAAGGUGGUGCCCAUGGUUGCAGUGAGCUUUUACACAUACGACAGAUUCAAGACGUGGUUAGGCAUUUAG